CGACGAUCUUUACGCGAAUGAAAAUAAAGCUUGUAUAAAAUUUAACGAUAAAGCAAAAAAAAAAUAUUAAAUAAGGACGAGUUUCUUCGGCCAAGUUUGUUUGUAUUAAGUUAAAACCAAAACGAAACACAUAGUCAAUUGGUUAAUGCCGCCGAACGCAACUUAAAGCCACCGCCUUCAUUAUUGUUUAGCCAGGCUAAGUUAUAUAGCACGUGUUUUUUUCUAACUACAUCAAUCGAGCAAUAAAAAAUUAAUAUGUCCAAUAAUGAAACAAAUCCAAAACGAAAAUCCUUAAAUAAACGUUAUUUCCAGGAUGUGGUGGAGGAGGGCGACGUUAAAAAAAUCAAACAAAAACCCAAACGUCAGCAUAAAUUCAAAGGCGAAAUUAUAACGGUUGAACAGAAGGUUCCGAAAUCACUGAAACCGCAUUUGAAACGUAAAAAGAUUGACGAUCAUAAAUAUAAGGACAAAAGACCGAAUAUUCCAACACACAUCUUAGAAAAAUAUAAGCGAGGCGAAAAUGUUGAAGAAAGUGGUAUCAAAACAAAGCAUUUCAAGGCCAAACAACAACGUAAAGAAAUUUAUUUGGAAUAUGCCAGCGAGCAGGCGGCAAGAACCGAACUUCUACUGACCGAGCAACAGGGAUUCAUAGAAGCUGAUGAGGGCGAAGUAACGGCUGAAUAUCGGCAAGAGGAAAUUGCUGAUAACGUCGAUAUUCAAUCAGCUGCCAAACUAUUUAAAUUAAAUUUAGAUUUUGGUCCCUAUAGUAUGCGUUAUUCAAAAAAUGGAAGGCAUUUGUUACUAGGAGGUCGUAAGGGUCACGUAGCUACCUUCGAUUGGAUUACCAAGAAAAUGCACUGCGAAAUGAAUGUAAUGGAAGAAGUGGCCGAUGUUAGUUUUUUGCAUGUACAUACAAUGUUUGCAUGUGCCCAGAAAGAUCAUGUUUACAUAUAUGACAAUCAAGGAACAGAACUGCAUUGUUUGAAAAGAUUGUAUCAGGUAAAUCGAAUGGAGUUUCUGCCGUACCACUUUCUUUUGGCAACAGGCAACAAAGAUGGCUAUUUAUCCUGGUUAGAUGUCUCGAUUGGAGAGUUGGUCGCAAAUUAUGGUACUAAACAGGGCGAUAUACGCAUAAUGCGCCAAAAUCCUGGAAAUGGUGUAUUAUGUGUCGGCGGCGGAAGGGGCGUAGUGUCUAUGUGGUCUCCAAAAGUACGUGAACCUUUGGCUAAAAUGCUUUGUCAUGCCACACCACUAUCUGCUCUAACUGUAGAUCACAAGGGACAGCAUUUAGUAACGGCUGGCUUAGAUAGGAAAGUGAAAAUAUGGGAUAUUCGCUCUUUAAGUGGUCCAUUGGCUGAAUAUCAGUUACGUUUGCCGGUCAACCAAGUUGAUGUAUCGCAAAAAGGUGUUCUGGCAGUAUGCCAAGGAAACUAUUGCGAACUUUAUCACAAUCUUGUGAUAAGUGAAAACUUCAGCCGGCCCUAUUUGAGAAAACAUUGCGGCUCGUUUGUACAUGGUAUGCGCUUUUGUCCUUAUGAAGACAUUUUGGGCGUUUCGACGGCGAAUGGGUUUCAGUCACUUCUUGUGCCUGGCUCUGGUGAGCCAAAUUACGAUGCGCUCGAAGACAAUCCAAUGCAGACAAAAUCUCAGCGUCGUGAACACGAGGUUCAUUCAUUAUUGGAAAAGAUACCACCUGAACUUAUUACCUUGGAUCCAAGUGAAAUUGCCACCGUUGACGAACCAACUCUACAAGAGAAGAUUGACGCCAAACGCGCCAUAUUCUUUGUAAAACCUCCAGAAAUUCAGUUGAACUCAAGGCGAAAAAUGAAAGGCAAGGGUGGCAGUGCAAAGAUGGCACGCAACAAGCAAAUUGUCAAGGACCAAAAGAGAAAGGAAUUUGUUGCAGAAGUGCGCGAAGCUAAAAGAAAAAUUAUUUCAACACACACCAUGGGAGAAAGCGAUAACUUUAUAGCCUUGGAAACCAAGUCAAGUGCAUUAGAUAGAUUCAAACCCAAACAAGUGAAAAGAAAAACGUAGCUAUAGUUUUAUUUCUGUAUUUUGUACAAAUAAAAAGCUAUGCCAAUGUUAAUAUAUAAUGGCAAUAUCCA